AGUAGAUAGAAAGAGGGACAAUAAGAGAUACAGAAGAAAAGGAAAUCGUCUAAACCCAUCAGUCCAGCAGAGGAGACGACGAUGUGUUUCCUCUCAGGGACCCCCUGAUACCCUGACAGACAAGUCAUAUUGUAGUCAUCGCCAUGCAGAUCCUGUGGUCCUUGCACGUCCUGGUGGUUCUGUUUUCAGUGGAUGCAGCGCACUCUCACAAAGGUUCACAAGGACUCUCCUGUGUAAAUGACUUUGUCAACAAUGUCAGCUGUACAUGGACCAGCUCCCUGGUGGCUUCUGGUGUGGACUGUUGGAUUUCUGGUGUGAAGAAAAUCUGGAUCUUCAACAACAACAAUAGAAUUCAGGACCAAAUGAUUCGAAGCUGCAAGCUUAAAAAACAUGGAAACCCUCCUCCAGGCUGCAGUUUUGUAUUUGAAAACCAAGAAUUCAGUCCUUUUGAAAUGCUGCCCAACAUCAGCAUCCAGUGUAAUGGCACAUUGAUGGAGACGCUUACAGACUAUAAGCCAUGCAGUCACAUCAAAAUGCAUCCCCUAGGUGUUCCCAAUGUCAGCAGCACUGCCAAUGAGACCUGGAUAUCAUGGAGUCUAAGCAGUCCUAUCCCUUACUUAUUCUCAUCCUUUGACUUCCAAAUUCAGAUUAAACAGAAAACCCAGACAUGGAAGGAGGCCAUGGUUCUGGCCAAACAAGAAUUUGAGCUAAGAAUACCUUCUUGGCAACUGAAGGGGAACUUCCAGGUCAGGGUGAGAGUCAAACCCAUUAAGAUGUCUAACUGCAAGGAGAGCCAUUGGAGCAAUUGGAGUCCAGCAACAUCCUGGAUGGGAGCGACAAACAAAGUGUCAACACCACAGGAUCCAGAUCGACUUCUGGAUCCAACAUCACUGCUAAUGUGGGGAGUGAUGUUCAGCCUGGGCUUCAUCAUUUUUGUAAUGCUGAUCUUUUACAGGAGUUGCAUAAACAAGGGGCAUCUCAAAAGGAAGCCAGUACCAAACCCUUCAAAAUACUUCCACACUCUCCACUCUGUCCACGGAGGAAAUCUAAAGAAAUGGCUGAAUCCUCUGACAUCUCCUGAAUCAUUCUUUACGGUCCAGCCAUGCGACCACAUCUCCUCGGUUGAGGUGUGUGAAAGCUGGGAUGUUGCCCCCUCCACCUCUCCCUCCUCCAGCUCCACCAGCGCCCUGCUUCACUUCAGGAGCUACGCCUCGGCUGGCUCGGACACCAGCGGUGUUGUUGACAACUUCUGCUCCUCCUCCUCUUCAUCCUGCUUCUCUAAUGUGGGCUACUUCAUGUCCAGGUCCUCCAGCGGCUCAGCUCGAAUUGACCCCAGUCCUGCCUACUUCACCUAUCAGGAUGAUUUCCACAAUCUGCACAACAGCCACAAUCUUCACGUCUCUGUCUGCCCCUCCCUAAACACCUCUCCAACCUAUGAGAGCUUGAAGAGGGAGCCACAAAGCCCAGACUCUGGCUUUGGCAUCUGUAAAGAAGAAGAAGAGGGCAAGGAAGAUAAAAAGGUCAUUGUUUUAGAAGGGGACGAGGCUUUAGAUGAUCACGAGAUCUCUCCUCUUUUCAUCCUCCCUCUCCAUUUUCCUUCCCGGAUGUGCCCCCCCUCCUCUCCUCCACCCCCACCUACUGCUCCCAGUCUAACUCAGGUGUCCUCUGAUAGCCAACAGGUAGAUGUACCUGUAGCAGCUGCUGGUGGUAGCAAUGCAGCCUGGCCUUUGCCCGUUGCCAUGUGCAGGUCUUCCUCCAUGCCUGUGGAACCCUGUAAAACAGGGUAUCUGACGCUCAAAGAGCUACAGACAACAUUCAGCAAUAAAUCCAUUUGAAAAUGUUGUGUCUAAAAAGUUAUCCCCGUGCGGUAAUUUAAAACUGAAUGCGUUUACAUCACAAGCAACCUGACUGUUUAUUCUAAUUUGAUUAUAUGGAGUGUUCUCUGCUGAACGCAUACAACAGUUGCCUAUUCACACAUUCGACAGACACUGAGCUGUAUUGGCAUUUGUUCUGAGUCAUGUUUCUGGCCACUUGAUGAAUGUAAGUCCAAUAUUCUGUCUCUUUUUUCCUCUGUUUUGGUCUCCACCAGCUCCUGGAGAAAAUGUCUGGCUCUUAAGCCACUAAAUGCUGCACUGUGUGUGCUGUUAGGUGCUGGAAAUCUAGCUUUCAUAGCAUUUUUGCUAAAAACACCUGCCUGCUGCUGUUCAAAACAAGGUUAAAAGUGGUGAGAGUGAACCAAAACAGUAAAAUUAAAGGCAAAAGUUGCUGGCAAAACACAAACAUAGAGCUGAGAAGAACUGCAGAGUCUGUGAUCAUUCUGUGCUAUUAUGUGUUAAUUUGUUGGAUGGUAAUAAAAACGGUAAGUGAGUAGACAGAAUAUUGUAAAUGAGAUUGUUGCCAGACUUUAGUUUAACAGUUAGAUAGUAGUAAGAAACAAAACUGCAGUGAAUGGUUCUUCCACUGUGGUGUUGUGCUGUGCCAUUAUGUAGAAUUAAUUGCAUUUUAUGUGGGUCAAGUACGUAAGCCCUAACAAGGAAGCCCUAUACCUGCGUAUCGGUAUGUCACUCUGAUUCACAUUUGGCCUGACGGGCUUCAGCACAUAAAACUUUUUUGUUGUUUUUUAUCCUUGGGUGGAGAUUGUGUUGGAGUCUGUGUUGUGCUGGGAGCCGGCCAUUUUUUGGUGUUAGUGGAUUCCAUUUUGUUAGCUGCGGUGUUGUCGCUCUGUGUACAGAAUCAGUAGGCAAGUGGCUCGGGAGCGUGCAUGCAGAAAAUCAGACCCAAUUUUUUCACAUAGGACGCAGAAUAGUCGCUAAUCCGAGCAACAGACAAAGCAAGCGUGUGGUUCAUUUUUCUGUGAGGAUACAACCCGUUUUGGUAAGUGAUUUCAUUAAAAAAAAACUACAUAUAGCCCCUUAAAAAUGUACAUACUGAAUACAAUUUGACAUCAUUCUAAGCAGUUUAUGUAGCUUGCUAGAACGUGCUACAACCAUUAAAGGAUGCUAUAUUCUAGUAUUUGCUAUGUGUAUAUUGCUGUAAUUGUUGUCAUAAUCGACACAACAAAAGUUGCUUACUAAGAACAAUAGUUAUGAUUGGUAUGUGUACACUGUUUAUGGACAUACUGACAAGGAUAGUGCUGGGUCAUUAUUUAGACACUGUACAUAUGUAGCAUGGUGUAACAUACCUAAUUUUUGAAUGUGUACAAUACUAUGGUACUCUUAAAGAGGUGGUAUUAUGCUCAUUUUCAGGUUCAAAAUCUUAAUUAGGGGUUGUACCAGAACAGGUUUACAUGGUUUAAUUUUCAAAAAACACCAUAUUUU